UUCCUACCAAAUACUCUCCUCUGAUUCUCUCGAAUUAUACCGUACGAACAUCGUUUUACAUCAGACACAUAAUAUCGUUGAGAAAAAACCCUAAAACGACAAAGAUGGACACAUAUUGUUCAGACUGUAAACGCAGCACAGAGGUUGUGUUCGAUCAUUCAGCCGGAGACACCGUCUGUUUCGAGUGCGGCCUCGUUCUCGAAUCCCACUCCAUCGACGAAACUUCCGAGUGGCGUACUUUCGCUAACGAAUCCGGAGAUAACGAUCCUGUCCGUGUCGGUGGCCCUACUAAUGUUCUCCUUAAUGACGGCGGUUUAUCCACCGUUAUUUCUAAACCUAACGGCGUUACCAGCGAUUUUUUGUCUUCUUCCCUUGGUCGCUGGCAGAACCGUGGAUCUAAUCCUGACCGUUCCUUGAUUUUGGCUUUUAAAACUAUCGCUACUAUGUCUGAUAGGUUGGGUCUUGUUGCGACAAUCAAGGAUCGUGCUAAUGAGAUAUUCAAGAAGGUAGAGGAUCAAAAGUCAAGUCGAGGAAGAAAUCAGGAUGCGAUAUUGGCGGCUUGUCUUUACAUUGCCUGUCGUCAGGAAGACAAGCCACGCACUGUAAAGGAAAUCUGUUCUGUUGCCAAUGGAGCUACUAAAAAGGAAAUUGGCCGGGCAAAAGAAUACAUUGUGAAGCAACUUGAGCUUGAAAUGGGUCAAUCAGUCGAAAUGGGGACUAUACACGCUGGUGAUUUCAUGAGGCGCUUUUGUUCCAAUCUUGGUAUGACUAACCAGACUGUCAAAGCGGCUCAGGAAUCUGUCAAGAAGUCAGAAGAGUUUGAUAUAAGGAGAAGCCCAAUCUCAAUUGCUGCAGCUGUUAUUUACAUAGUAACUCAACUUUCUGAUGAUAAGAAACCUCUCAAAGAUGUAUCUCUAGCAACAGGCGUUGCAGAAGGGACUAUAAGGAACUCAUUCAAGGAUCUGUAUCCUCAUUUGUCAAAAAUAAUACCAGCUUGGUAUGCUCAAGAAGAGGAUCUUAAGAACCUCUCUAGCCCAUAAAUAGCUCAAGUUUCUUCAAGAUAGAAACGAGGUGUUUUGGUAUAAAUACAGUGAGAAGAAAACAUAAUACAAUUGACAUGGUGCAAGAAUUAUUUUUUAAUCAUCAAUCAAAUGUUCAUUGACCCCAGCCUAUUAGGUAGGGUCUGAAUUAGCUCGGGGAAUCGUUACUUGUUGAACUCUACUCUCUCUGUCUAAUUAAGAACUUUCGAAGUGGUUCCUUGAAUCUGGUGAGACUGCUUAGCUCAUACUGAUUGGGGCGUGGGGAUCACAUUUUGGGUUUCAUUGUAACCAGGAUGACACUAUGUAUUCGUGUCCUUUUUUAAGUUGAUGAUAUUAAUUUGAGAAGGGAA